ACAGCAGCAUGUUCAACAACAAAGAAGACGUAAUGGCGGAGGGACAGAAGCAGUCAAAGCCAUGGCAUCACUUCACACUGUUGUUAGCCUCUCUGGAGCUGCUAGCAACUGUGGAGUCUCGGCGUGUCCCCGCACCAGGUAGACAGUGGCCAGGACGCUGUUGUCGGAUUUCAUGGGAACACCAAGGAUGAUGCUGCACCUGCUGAAAAUAAUAAUAAGACAAAUACCAAGACCAUUUGUCUUUAUGAAAAAUGCAAUUUGGAAGUUCUGUGCUGCACUAUGGAGGAGAUUGCGAAGCGUUUCUACCUUUUUGUGGGGUUAUGGUGCUGCACUAAGGAGGAGAUUGCAGAGCGUUUCUACCUUUUUGUGGGGUUAUGGUGCUCAGCCACACAGACUUCCUCAUGGUCUGCAUAAUCAGGGUGCCACAUGUUACCUCAACAGUGUCCUGCAAGUUCUCGUCAUGACAACAGAGAUCCAUGACAGGUUGGAUCAUGAUUCACAAACAGAUCAGCAGCUGAAACAAAUCUUUGAAGAACUGAAGAGAAAGACAUGUACAACAGAAACUAUCACAGCAGCAUUUGGGAUUACAAAUGUUCAUGAACAACGUGAUGCCCCUGAAUGCCUGGAGAUGAUUUUAAAUAAGAUCAGCCGACGAGCCUCUGAGGUUUUCCAAGGAGAGCUGACACACACAACUGAGUGCUCCAAAGGCCACAGCAUCAAUGAAGAGACGAAUCCAUUCUGGACUCUUCCACUGUCACUGCAGGAUACCCACGAUACAACCUACAGCGUGGAAAGAAGCUUUGAAAGGAUUUUCCAGCAGAAAUCAUUCAGUGGAGACAACAUGGUGUACUGCAACGAAUGUGAAGAGAAAACAGAAGCAACUAGUGGAUGUGAGAUGGUGAAAUAUCCUCAGAUUCUGACUCUACUCUUCAAGAGAUUUGACUUUGACUACAGGACCAUGUCAUAUUUCAAAUCACACCGCUGUGUGGACGUGCCACGAACGUUACAGAGAAAGGACAAGGAGUACAAACUGUAUGGGAUGGUGCAUCACAACGGCAGUCUAACAGGAGGACAUUACACAGCCACCAUCCUGUGCAGUGAGGACAAAACCUGGUAUGAGUUUAAUGACGCUCACGUCAGCAAGGUUAAACAACAGCCAUUUGCAAAAACCUCAACUUACAAGUCCCAGACUGCAUAUCUGCUCAUGUACAGAGGAGCUGAAUGAUUUGGAGCAACACAAUGUGGAGUUUAAAAGAAGUGGAGGAGAACUGAUAACUGAACACUGAUAAUGCAAAGAAGAGGAAAAUGGGACAGACUGAAGGGGAUGAUGUGCAGACGAAAAGACAUGAGGCAUCAGGCCAUCAGGCUGGAGGAGAGGAGGGUAAUGCAGAAAGAGUUUUCUCAGAGAAUACAGAUAUGUUUUGAAUGUGCAGAAAGUUUCUAACAUGAGCAGGAAUCAUGCUGAAAGAUGUAGACCUAUGAGCUAUUUAAAGGUGCUGCAUGCACAUUUCAGUAUUUUCAUAUUCACAUUCAGGAUCUGACCAAACGUCUCUCCUUCUGUUCCUGAGAUAUGACAUUGAGUAAUAUACUGUAAGUCCUUUUGCAGAACAUUGUGAUGUCACAGUGAAGCUGACCUUUGACCUUUUGGAUAUAAACUGUCAUCACUUUUUUGUUUUAUUCUUUCAGACAUCUGUGUGAAAUUUUGUCGUAGUUAGCGAAUGAAUUCUUGAGU